CUCAGAUAAAUCUUAACCAAUAUAAAUCAAAUAGAAACAGAAUUGUUACAAAUAUAUCAAAGCCAAACAAGCUUGAUCCAUAUUCAUUUGUUUUUAUCCAAGUUUCUUUUAAACUUAAAAAUGCCUCAGUACGUAAACGGUUCUAAUGGUGCCAGUGAUUCAAGUCGAUUCAUCCACUUCGACCAUGUUGUCUUCUGGGUCGGCAAUGCUAAACAAGCUGCUACCUACUAUUGUGUUGAAAUGGGUUUCACUCCGCUAGCCUACAAAGGAUUGGAAACGGGAUCGAGGCAACUCGCUUGUCAUGCAAUUAAACAGAAUAAGAUAAUAUUUGUUUUUGUGUCUCCACUGGAACCAGGAAAUCAAGAGAUGGGUUCUCAUUUGAUCACUCAUGGCGAUGGUGUUAAAGAUGUCGCUUUAAGAGUUGAAGGAAUUGAAGCCAUUGUUGCUAGAGCCCGUUCACAAGGAGCUGUUAUUGUUAAAGAUGUUUGGACCGAGAGUGAUCAAAAUGGCUACGUUAAAUUAGCCCAAAUUCAAACAUUUGGUGAUGUAACACAUACUUUAAUUGAAAGAGAAAAUUAUAAAGGUUUAUUUUUACCAGGUUACGAGAAAUCACCUCUUGAGAUUCAACUGCUUAAUGAAUUGCCAACAGUCGGCCUUGAGUUUAUUGAUCAUUGUGUUGGCAAUCAACCCGAAAAAGACAUGGAAAAGGUCGCCGAUAUGUAUGAGAAGCAAUUAACCUUCCAUCGUUUUUGGUCUGUUGAUGACUCUCAAAUUCACACUGAAUAUUCAGCUUUACGAUCAAUAGUGAUGACUAACCCUGAAGAAACUAUCAAAUUACCCAUAAAUGAACCAGCUAGGGGCAAGAAACAAUCACAAAUUCAAGAGUAUCUGGAUUAUUAUGGUGGACCCGGUAUUCAGCAUAUCGCCCUUAACACAGACAAUAUAAUUGAAGCAAUCAAAAGUCUUCGUCAAAGAGGAAUGCAAUUUCUGGACAUACCAAAAACAUACUACACUAAUUUGCAAAAUGCCCUCAAAUCAAGUCCAAUUCAAGUAAAAGAAGACCUUAAUGAAUUGGAACGGUUGAACAUCCUGGUUGAUCAUGAUGAAAAAGGUUAUCUUCUUCAAAUCUUUACAAAGCCUGUUCAAGAUAGGCCGACUCUUUUCCUCGAAAUUAUCCAACGAAGAAAUCACAAUGGAUUUGGUGCUGGAAACUUCAAGUCCCUUUUCGAAGCAAUUGAGGCUGAACAAGAUAAAAGAGGAAAUCUUAAAGAUCUAUAAGCUCGUAUUUUAACACAUUAUCAUAACAAUUAUUAAACUAGAAAAUUGUCACAAUUAAUUUAAUCAAUUUCCAAACUUUACAAAUCAAA